UUAUUACAGAUGUUUUCCAGAGAAAAUACUAGACGAUUGGGACUAUGUCUGUUUUCCACAAAAUCAAACUGAGACCAGAGGUUGAAGAAUAUCUGCAUGCCACAUUUAAAAAUGAUGAGCUCAUAUCUGCUGUGGGUCCCUUGGAAGCUGAGAGGAAAUAUGAACGUCUAUUAAAUAAUUUGUCUCACCCACCAGCUUUCACAACUGUCCGAGUGAACACUCACUUAGCAUCUGUGGAACACAUAAGAAGUCGGCUGUCUGAAGAGAUCCACAAGCAAUAUAAAGGUUUUAGUGUUCCAUUUCUUGUUCAUCCAGAACUUCCUGACGUUUUACUUAUUCCUAACAUUGGACCCAGAAAGGAUCUGCAAGAAUUGACAAAUCAAGUAAUUGUUGGGGCCCAAUGUGGGAAUGCAGUACUUCGAGGAGCACAUGUGUAUGCCCCUGGAAUUAUAUCCACUUCAAAAUUUAUGAAAGCUGGUGAUGCGGUUUCUGUAUACUCUGAUAUUGAAGGAAAAUGUAAAAGAGGAGCCAAAGAAUUUCUGGGAACCAAAGUUUUCCUCGGAAAUGGGAUUUCUGAAGUGAGCCGCAAUGACAUUUUUAAUUCUAAUGGCCCAUUGAAAGGGUUGGGAGUAAAAAUAAUAGAGCCGAUCUACCUUAGUCCUUCGUUUGACAAUGUGCUAUCCAGUUGUAUAUUUUUGCAGAAUUUGCCCUCUUCAGUUGUGAGCUAUGUUUUAAAUCCUCAGUCAGGCGAGAAGAUUUUGGAUAUGUGUGCAGCUCCUGGGGGAAAAACAACCCAUCUUGCAACACUAAUGCAUGAUGAGGGGGAGGUGAUCGCCAUGGACAAGAUAGCAGAUAAAGUCAAGAAGAUUAGGCAAAAUGCUGCACUGCUAAAGCUGAAUUGUAUUAAAACAUUUUGCUAUGAUAGUACUAAGGCACUUGCUGCUGACCAGACAGAAUGUGGGCAAGGAGGGCCUCCAUUUUUACGAGAGUCAUUUGAUCGAAUACUUCUUGAUGCUCCCUGUAGUGGGAUGGGGCAGAGACCAAAUAUGGCUUAUUCCUGGUCUUUAAAGGAAGUGAAUUCUUAUCAGCCCUUGCAGCGCAAGCUCUUCAGAGUGGCAGUACAGCUGCUGAAGCCAGGGGGCAUCCUGGUAUACAGUACUUGCACAAUUACACUUUCAGAAAACGAGGAGCAAGUUGCGUGGGCGCUCCAGACCUUCCCGUGCCUCCGGCUUGAGCCACAGGAGCCCCAUGUCGGAGGAGAAGGAAUGAUGGGAGCUGGGCUGUCACCUGAGCAGUUGAAACAGCUGCAGAGGUUUGAUCCAUCUGAUGCAAUUCUGCAGGGAAUGGAAUUUACUUCAUUGCAAGGUUUCGAAUCUGAAGAUUUGAUUGAACUGGCAAAUAAAGAUUGCAUAGGAUUUUUUAUUGCUAGAUUUGCAAAAGUGCAGUGA